AUGUGUUCUACUUACAAGCUUCUUGCUGUGUCUCUGCUUGCUGAAGUAGCUGGAGGAGGACAGGCUUUUGGAAAUGCAAAAACGGCGCAUAACAACAACUCGAGUCGCUUUGGCAAAUUUAUUCAAGUGAAUUAUCAGGAGACAGGCACCGUGCGAGGAGCUUAUGUUGAAAAGUACCUCCUGGAGAAAUCAAGACUAGUCUAUCAGGAGCACAAUGAACGGAACUACCAUGUAUUUUAUUACCUCCUGGCAGGAGCGAGUGAGGAAGAGAGAUCAGCAUUUCAUCUGAAGCAGCCUGAGGAAUAUCAUUACCUCAACCAGGACUGCUUUUCCGUGGAAGGGGAGGACUUGAAGCAUGACUUUGAGCGGUUACAACUAGCCAUGGAGAUGGUGGGAUUUCUUCCCAAGACUCGCAGACAAAUUUUCUCUCUUCUGUCUGCGAUACUACACCUGGGUAACAUACGUUACAAAAAGAAGACUUACCGGGAUGAUUCCAUUGAUAUUUGUAACCCUGAAAUACUACCUAUUGUGUCGGACCUGCUGGAGGUAAAAGAAGAGAUGCUGUUUGAGGCCCUGGUUACCAGAAAGACAGUGACAGUAGGAGAGAAGCUGAUCUUACCAUACAAACUAGCAGAGAGUAGCAGGAAGAUUGUCUCACUGGACAAACCUGUUGAUUUGAGUUCUCCUGUGGCAUUUGGGAUUUCUUGGGAAGGGUGUUGGGAUGGUUUGGGAGAGCCCCUAAAAAUACCUCUGGGUAAUACAGACUGGCAGGUUGGAGAUGGACCUUUGUCCAAGGAAGGUGAUCAUGAAGGUACUGGGAAGUUGGUCCAAGAAAGGUCGUCGUGGAAG